AUGUACACUAGAAAACAAAAAGAUAUUCUAGCUACAUAUGAAGCAUUUAUUCGGGGUGAAAUUGCUCAUAAACCCUAUUCUUAUAAAGAACUUGAACAAUUUGUACGAAAUAAUGCGGAUAUAAAUGCUGUUGAUUAUUAUAUCAAUUCAACACAUCAUAAUGCAACAUCAGGUCCUUUGCAGGCACAUUUAUUAUUCCAUUCGUCAAAACUUAAUGAACAAAAAGCUAAUUUAAUUAAAUCAGCAAGUUCAAAUAGAAGUUUAAAAUCAUUCAAUGAUAGUCUUAGUGUACGAGGAUAUUUUCCCGAAAAAUUACUUGCACAUUCGAGAUCUUCAUCAAAAGAAAAAGAACUUGAUAAUAAUCAACAAAAUUAUUCUAAACAACGUUCAAUGCAUAUUGAUCAUGGAGAAAAAAAAUAUCAUGUUACAUUUUUAAAAGAUCCAAAUACUUCUGUGAAAUCAUCAAAACAUAAAACAAAGAAUCAUAAUGUACAUAAUAAAAAUAUUGAAUCAUUAUUUAAAAGAGAAGCUAUAUUAGAAUCUAAUCUUUCAACUAAAUCCAAUACUUCAAAUAUACAUCGACAAAAAUUUCCACCACUUUCUCUAUCGGCUUUGAAAGAGUAUCGACCAACUAUGACGCCAAGAUCUUCAACGAUACCAACAACACCUCAUAUUCAAAAACAAAAACCGAAGCGAAAAACUGAUUUUAUAUGGGAACAAACAAUUGUUUCACAAAAACAUAAAUGA